AUGGCAAGACAGCUUGGCGUUGGUGCAAUUACAUACAGCACAAUGGAAAGGAAUCCCCUGGAGAGAAAAUAUAAGGUCGAUCGUUUUACCUAUGAUAAGUUAUCAGCGGGAAAUAUCACGCAUGCAGACUUAACUCAGCUACUAUCGUUCAAUGAUGGUUUGAACGGUUUGAGUAUGAACAACCUGGCUUCUCUCGAGGAAACUACACAGGAGCUUUUCGUAAAACUUUCUAACGACAAUCCUCCAGAAAAGAAAUUUAGUUAUCACUUAAACUAUGGGGACUAUUUGAAUCGUUUUGUUAUGGAAAAUAAGAUGAUCGUUCCUACUGUCGAUGUCAAUCAUAAAUCACCACAAAAGAUUUCCGUAAAUCUCGGUUUGCUAAAAGAUCACACUGCCAGCCCUUGUGUCAAACAGGCGAUAAUUUUGGUGAUGAUAAAUUCUAGAGCAGAUCGGUUCUAUCGACGUAAUGGUAUUCGACAAACUUGGGGAAAUGGAAGUGAAUUUAAUCACGUUAAUAAACAUCCGUAUGCGUGGCGUACUUUAUUCGUUGUUGGCCAAAGUAAGAACGCAGAAAUUAAUAAUGCUGUCUAUAGGGAAUCUGCAAUAUACCAAGAUAUAAUUUUUGCGAGAUUAGAUGAUACGCCUCAUAAUAAAACCUUGAAAACAAUCCUUGGGAUGCUUUGGGCUUGGAAUUUUUGUCAACCAUAUUUUACUAUUAAAGGUGAUGACGAUAUUUUCUUAAAUUCUCCGAGAAUAUUCGAAUUCGUAAAUCAAUUAAUUAAUAAAAAGAAGGGAGGACCAGAUAAAUUAUGGCUUUGCAAUGUAUUCACGAGGAAGAAUCUAUCUAUCAAAUUAGCGCAUGUCAAGCGAAAAAUUGGGAAGAAUCAAGCUAAAUUAUGGAGCAUAUUUCACGGUAAUGUAUAUCCACCGUCCUGCACUGGGUUUGCAUAUUUAAUGACUUUUGAUGUUUUGAUGGAAAUCGUAACAGCUUUCAAGGAUAUACCGAUAUUACCGUUUGCUGAGGAUGUGUAUAUAAGCUUACUUGCUGAGAAGAAAGGCGUAAAGCCUAAGCAUGAUCAGCGAUUUCGAACUGAUUUAUUCAAAGGUCCAAGUAUUUAUAACGUAUCUGUAGAUGAAAUUGACUCUGUCUUUGCUAUUCACGGCGUUACCGAAAUGUCUAAGCAAAGAUUCCUUUAUGCGCUCUCAUUAAAUGGUAUUAUGAUAAAGGGAUUGCAUGCAAAUUAA